UCGGUUGCUCGGCGGGGCUCGGCUGCACGGCCACGGACGGGCGUGCGCUGGGGGGCGCGGGGCGCGGGGCGCGGGCCUCGGAGGUGGCGGCGGAAGCCUGGUGCCCCCGCCCGCCGGGUUCUCUCAGAGAGGCAGAGAAGCAUCCCCGCAGCCCGGCCUCACACGGGUGCGGCGGGCGCGGCGUGGGGGGCGGCGGGGGCGCAGAGCGGCGCGGCCCGCCCGGGGGCGCCGCUGGCCGGGUCAGCGCGGACGGCGCUUGGCGGACUCGGACGCACGGCUGGCCGGCCCCUCCCUGCCCGCGCGCCCGGGCGCCCACUCGCCGGCGCGGGGCCCGGGAGCGAUGACAUCGACGGGGAAGGACGGCGGCGGGGCGCAGCACGCGCAGUAUGUGGGGCCCUACCGGCUGGAGAAGACGCUGGGCAAGGGGCAGACAGGCCUGGUGAAGCUGGGAAUCCACUGUGUCACCUGCCAGAAGGUCGCCAUCAAAAUUGUCAACCGUGAGAAGCUCAGUGAGUCGGUGCUGAUGAAGGUGGAGCGAGAGAUUGCCAUCCUGAAGCUCAUCGAGCAUCCCCAUGUCCUGAAGCUGCAUGACGUCUAUGAAAACAAAAAAUAUUUAUACCUGGUGCUAGAACAUGUGUCUGGGGGGGAGCUGUUUGACUACCUGGUGAAGAAGGGACGGCUGACCCCCAAGGAAGCCCGCAAGUUCUUCCGGCAGAUCAUCUCUGCACUGGACUUCUGCCACAGUCACUCCAUAUGCCAUAGAGACUUGAAGCCAGAGAAUCUGCUACUGGAUGAGAGAAACAACAUUCGUAUCGCAGACUUUGGCAUGGCAUCCCUGCAGGUGGGAGACAGCCUGCUGGAGACCAGCUGUGGAUCCCCACACUAUGCCUGUCCGGAAGUGAUUCGGGGCGAGAAGUAUGAUGGCCGCAAGGCAGAUGUGUGGAGCUGUGGUGUGAUCCUGUUCGCCUUGCUGGUGGGGGCUCUGCCUUUCGAUGAUGACAACCUGCGGCAAUUGCUGGAGAAGGUCAAGCGUGGCGUGUUCCACAUGCCACACUUUAUCCCACCAGACUGCCAGAGUCUCCUGCGUGGCAUGAUUGAGGUGGAUGCAGCUCGGCGCCUCACGCUAGAGCACAUUCAGAAACACAUAUGGUAUAUAGGUGGCAAGAAUGAGCCAGAGCCGGAACAGCCUAUCCCACGCAAGGUUCAGAUCCGCUCACUGCCCAGCCUGGAAGACAUUGACCCCGAUGUGUUGGAUAGCAUGCAUUCUCUGGGCUGCUUCCGAGACCGCAACAAGCUGCUGCAGGACCUGCUAUCUGAGGAGGAGAAUCAGGAAAAGAUGAUCUAUUUCCUCCUCCUGGACCGGAAAGAACGGUAUCCCAGCCAUGAGGAUGAGGACCUGCCUCCCAGGAAUGAGAUAGACCCUCCCCGGAAGCGUGUGGACUCCCCAAUGCUGAACCGGCAUGGCAAGCGACGACCUGAGCGCAAGUCCAUGGAAGUGCUCAGUGUAACAGAUGGUGGCUCCCCGGUGCCUGCACGGAGAGCCAUUGAAAUGGCCCAGCACGGCCAGAGUAAAGCAGUGUUCAGUAAAAGCCUGGAUAUCGCUGAAGCCCAUCCCCAAUUCAGCAAAGAAGACAGGUCUCGCUCCAUCAGCGGCGCCUCCUCAGGCCUUUCUACGAGUCCUCUCAGCAGUCCUCGGGUGACCCCUCACCCCUCACCAAGGGGUAGUCCCCUUCCUACCCCCAAAGGGACGCCUGUCCACACGCCAAAGGAGAGCCCAGCUGGCACACCAAACCCCACACCACCAUCCAGUCCUAGUGUUGGAGGGGUGCCCUGGCGGACACGGCUCAACUCCAUCAAGAAUAGCUUCCUGGGCUCACCUCGCUUCCACCGCCGGAAAUUGCAAGUUCCCACGCCAGAGGAGAUGUCCAACCUGACCCCAGAGUCCUCUCCAGAGCUGGCCAAGAAAUCAUGGUUCGGGAACUUCAUUAACCUGGAGAAGGAGGAACAGAUCUUUGUGGUGAUCAAGGACAAGCCCCUGAGCUCCAUCAAGGCUGACAUCGUCCAUGCCUUCCUGUCGAUACCCAGCCUCAGCCACAGCGUCAUCUCCCAGACAAGCUUCCGGGCUGAAUACAAAGCAACAGGGGGCCCAGCAGUAUUCCAGAAGCCAGUCAAGUUCCAGGUGGAUAUCACUUACACUGAGGGUGGAGAGGCCCAGAAGGAGAAUGGCAUCUACUCAGUCACAUUCACUUUGCUCUCAGGCCCCAGUCGUCGCUUCAAGAGGGUGGUGGAGACCAUCCAGGCCCAGCUGCUGAGCACCCAUGACCAGCCAUCAGCCCAGCACCUGUCAGACAACACUAACUGUAUGGAGGUGAUGACGGGGCGGCUUUCCAAAUGUGCUUACGUGGCCCUAACACUUGGGAAGGAAGACUCAGGGCUACACUGGGUGAGGGAGGAAUCUCACUGCCAGUCCUGGGCCCCAGUUCUCAGAAGCAGCCCCCAGGACCCAUCUACUUUGAAGACGAGAAGAACGGGCAGGCGGCCCAGGCCCCCAGCACACCCGCCAAGCGGAGUGCCCACGGCCCCCUGGGUGACUCCGCGGCCGCUGGCCCUGGAGGGGACACCGAGUACCCGAUGGGCAAGGACAUGGCCAAGAUGGGGCCGCCCGCCGCCCACCGAAUUAUCCCGAAAAGUUAACAUGUCACCUCCACGAGGCCAUCCUCUGUGCUGCGUGUGGACACUGGCUGAGCGAAGGCAGCUGCUGCGGACCACCUCCCCUCCUCCUGCUGCUGCUGCUGCUGGGCAGAGAGGCCAGCCCACUGUCCACCUCUGCCCAUUCCCAGGCAGCUCUGCAUGGCCCAAGGGAGGAGGGCCUGACUCCCAGGGGGACUCUUCUUCUAGCCCAGCCACCCUGGACUCCCAGUGACCAGACCCUUGACAGGGACAACCUGUCCACGAUCUUCCAGGGUAGGGGACCAUGGUGGGAGAAGCAGUGGGAAUGGAUUGUCCUCCACGCCACAUUUGGAGGCCUCCUGGGCCACUCACCUCACCUUUUCCACACUUUGGCCUCACCAGGGCCACCUCUUCUCAUUUGCAUCCAUUGCUCCACCUUGUCAGGCUGCAGAGCUCCGGCUGAGAUGGUUCUCUCGGGCUGAAGUGGAAAUAAGAGACCUGGGUGCUCCAGAGCUGCCUGGGCUGGCCAACUGUGGGGGCUGGGCUGAGACCAGUAUUAUUUAUUUGCUGUUUUAAUUUAUUGAGUUUCUUUACGUCUCUGUUCUCUGUUCAGGGAAGGGGGAGCAGCAGCAGCACCCUCCUGCCAUCUGUCUGUCUGUUCUGUCUCUGACUUGGGCAGGGUGGGUCCAGAGCCCAGGUUCCCUCUAAGGACAGAGCCGUUGGGGCUGGGAACGGUGGGGAGCCGGCCAGUGGAUGCAGCACUGGCAAGCUACUGUAAACUUUAAAAGAAUUCCUGCAAGAUAUUUUUAUAAACUUUCUUUUCUUGGUUGUUUUUGGAAAAAGGGUGUGGGGUGGGGCCGCUGGGGCAGAGCUAGAGUUUGUGUUUCGGCUCCUUGCUCUUGGCUAUUUCUAUACACAUAUACAUAUAUAUAUAAUAUAUAUAUUUAAAGAACGAUGUGGUUAGCUCUGUCCCGGGUUGUUUUAUUACUACUUAGCAGCAACUCCAGUUCCACACGAGGGCUCAGGAUACAGGAUAUCAGCUUGCACUGGCCAGCUGUGCCUGCUGCACCAGGCUGAGAGUGAUCUUGGUUUGGUGUCUGAGCGAGAAGGGGUAGAAGACCCUGAGCUGGCACCCUACUCACAUACAGGAUGGCAGGGGUACCUCGGGCUUUUUUAAAAUUAAAAUUAAAAAGUUAAAAAAAAUCAAAGCCAGAAAUGGAGAUAGCAGUGUGCUCUGCAGUGGGUUCCUCCUGGAGGUGGCAAGGGCAAGGGGCCCACACCACUGCCUGCUGCCCACUGAAGCCCACCUCACUUUCUUCAUCCUCAGCUUUUGUCUGUGUUCCGUUCUGUCUGGCUGAGCCAGUCCCUCCCAGCUGGCCCAAGGUGCCCAGUGUAGCAGCAGGAGGGGCCGGGGGGCAGGUUUCAUGCAUGCCUUUGCUCUUCCCCUCAUGUACAGAUUUUAAUGCUUCUAUUACAUUCAACCACCAUAGGCUGGGAUUCCCAUACAUAGGGCAAAAUCAAACACCUGUAACAACAGCAAGCCACGCAGUACAAGUGGGAAGGGGCUUAUCCACGGAGUCAGGAUACUGAAAGCAAUACCUCUUGUUAGCCUUCCUCUUUUGUACUUUGGACACAUGCGGACUCGCAGACAUCACAGAAAUGGACAAGCCCCAUCUGGUGUAACCCCUGUCAAAUAACUGUGAGCAAUUUCAGUUCUGGAACAAUAAAUUCCUUCCGUAAAGA